AUGCCGCCGAUUCUUAGCGCUGGCGGGCAUGCGCCAACUCCCGUCAGCGUUUCAUUCGGCGCUCGCAUCUUCAAAUGUCAUCAAACCCGGCGGCUGUAUCCCAUCCCAACCCAACCCAACGAGCCUGUCGUCUUCUUCCACUUCCACCUCGCUAUGGCUAAGCGCCGAGUAUCUGCAAGCGCCCAGAGAGGAUCCAAGUCUUCACCCUCUCCCGGAAUCAGCACGCCCUGUUCGAAAGCCAGAGACGGCAGCGCGCCGACCCGGGGGGCAGAGAAGCAGACGACAAACACGCCCGAAGCGAAACCACACAGAGUCCGCAGAAGUGCGCGCCUAAAAGCUGCAUCACAACUUGAUGGUGGCAGCAGAGAAAAGCAACCGGAAACUGGCUUGUUGUUGGCCGGUCAAGAUUCGCGCCAUCAAGUGGUAAAGUACCUCUCUGGCUCUGCUGACUGCCUUGGUAGUAGGAUUCUGCUAAACAUGACCACCCUCCAGCAACAUGGUACUUCCUACGAACCUCCCUUGAAACGAAAAAGAGGCUGCAAGACUCCUCGUUCCUCCCUUCUAGCGCAAGGUCCGCCACCUUCGAAGCGGCCUCGAACGUUGACUCGACACACGGCAGAGGGACAAGAGAUUGAACAAGACACCAGCGCAGCUGUUGCCAAGCCAGUCCAAAGCUGGGUACUCAACGACAAGUGGCCCCCCGAGUACUUCGAACCAGACGACCAAGCGCGAGAAGAGCUUUGUGACUACGAUAGUUGGCUACAUGAUAUUAUGGCACAACCACCCGUUCCCGUCGUCCAAUAUGUGGAAAGAAAUGGGUUCAAAUAUCCACUGCCUGUGAAAAAGGCUCCUACAUCGCUCCGACGAAAGCAAUCAGACUUGAGUCUGACCGGGUCUAGUGAAAAGAAUAGAGAAAGCAGGAGCACGCCAUACCGAGAUUUACGUUACGCUACAUUACUCGCCGCCAAGGGGAGUUACAUGGACAAGUCUGACUUGGGUAUUACAAACACGAGCCUGAGCAGCUGUAAGACACUGUUGAGCUCGGACCAGGUUCUCCCAACGGACUCGCCCUUUCGAGACGACGUGUUCGAAACAACAUGUCGCAGUGUUCAGGAUCGAAAUGAAUCUCGAAUCAUCCGCAGUAUUUCGCCAUACAUCGUGCCAUCGGCCGAACAUUUGACCAUCAUGGGGGCUACCAAACUAAAAUGCCUAAUUGAGAACGUCAACGAAGGAUGGACAGGGAGCAUUCCGGUAGAGGGACCCCGACCGCAGCCGGAUUAUUCUGUUGGAUUUCGACGAUCGGCCUUUACAGAGGAACAGUUGAAUAGGCUCGACCCGCUUAUAGGCAGCGUUUUCGACACCUCUUUUUUUGUCGCAACGUACCGGAUGUACUUCCCAUUUCUCACUUGCGAAGUCAAGUGUGGCGCUGCGGCUCUCGAUGUCGCCGACCGACAGAAUGCCCACAGUAUGACGAUUGCUGUAAGGAGUGUUGUUGAGCUCUACAGAGCCGUGAAGCGAGAAAAAGAGCUCGACCGAGAGAUCCUCGCCUUUUCCAUCUCGCACGACCACCGAUCAGUUCGCAUCUAUGGCCAUUACGCUGUCGUCGAUGAUAAGCAAACCAACUUCUAUCGCCAUCCGAUCAAGACGCUCGAUAUCACAAGCGAAGAAGGUAAAGAGAAGUGGUCGGCCUAUAAAUUCACCAAAAACGUCUACGAUGUUUGGAUGCCGACACACCUCCAACGAAUCUGCUCGGCUAUCGACCAACUACCAUCGAGUCUGGACUUUCAAGUUUCUGACGAGCCUGGGGCGCAACCCGAGGAGGCAACUGAUCUAUCACAAGACAUGGGGAGUCUCCUUUCAGGCCCAGACAACGCCGACCUUGCUUUGCAGGAAGAUGGGCAGAUCCCGAUUCCGCAAACGGCCACCCCGGACACCUCGGUUUCCAAAGGAGUAGGCCAAGGGGCAGCAAAGAGGGCGAAGACAACUCACGUUCCAAAAGAGCCGACCGGCAGGCGAAAGCAGUGA